AUGUCCAUCCCACGUCCUGGUCCGGUCUCAACCUUCAACCCCGAGCGCGAGGCUUUCAUCUUUCCCUUGCAGACGCAGGCGAAGGAGCUAAAAGCAGACUCUCAAACUGCUGAGACAGUCGCUGCAAACCUGCAUGAGCUUGUCGAUGGCACCCAUCGCAUCAAGACCGCAUCAAUGGUUAUGGCCCUUGACGCUCGUGAAAACCCGUAUGUCCUGGGGAAGCCAUACGGGUUCUACAGCUACAACGCGCCACCAAUGUGUAACGACCCCGUCGCCUAUGAUCAGAGAACAGAUGGGAUUGUUGCACUUUCCAUCGAGCGGGUGCUACCUUCCUUGGAGUUUUAG